CAAGAGCAGUGACCACAUUAAUGCCUUUCAAUCAUCAAUGAUGUCCUUUUUUCAGACUCUCUUUACUGUACGUCUUGCACUGGUCAGUACAGCAUUGAUAUCUGACCUGCCAUUGUCUGUAAAUCAACAAGAACAAGGAAAUUUCCUCUUGGCAUCUAUUGGAGAGAACAUUACCCUACGUUGCAUUUUUGAAAACAAUCUUGGAAUGGGAGCUAAAGUUUACUGGUACAAGCAAAAAUUGGGCAUGAAACCAGUUUUAAUUUCUUCAUACUUGACAUAUGACCAGAAAGUUGAAUUUUACAGUGAAUUUCGCAGCAGCAACCGUUUCAAGCUGGAUUUUAACAAUGACAACCAUGACUUGCACAUCAUGAAUGUAAGCAUGUCAGAUUCUUCUGUUUAUCACUGUGUGAGAUGUGUUUUACACCAAAAUGAGUUCCUAGAAAGUGUCACUGUCAUUGUAAAGAAUUUGAAACAUACAGUCCACAAGUCUCCACUGUACAUAGAACCAGGACAUUCUGUGAUUUUAAACUGUAGUGUCCAGACUGGGAGCUGUGAAGGACAGCACAGAGUUCACUGGUUCAAACAGUCUGAAGAGUCUGCUGCAGGAGUCCUUUACAGUCAUGGAGGCAGCAGUAAAAAGUGUAAGAACGAUACAGACAGUCCAACCAACUCCUGUGUCUAUAAACUCCCCAUACACAAUGUGAGCUCAGAGCAGACUGGGACGUACUACUGUGCUGUGGCCGCCUGUGGACAAGUAGUAUUUGGGAAUGGGACCAGAAUCAGCAUAAAAAAUUUCUCUGACAAUAUGGUUUACGUUCUGAUCGGAGUUUCAAUAUUCAGCACAAGCCUGGUUGUUGUGCUCACAUUUGUCCUGUGCAUGCAAACCAAGAGAGAAGUCCACAGAACAGGUGAACAGAAGGAGCGGACAGACAUCUGA